AUGCCAUGUGCUGCAGGCCCUCUCCUGUGGCAUGGCCGUGCUGUGAUAUGCAGCACAUUGCUUGGGAAGGUGCCUUUGGACCUAUUGCAGCAAGGGCAGUACAGGUUCCCAUACACCAAAGGAGAAAGGGACAGGUCGCUGACAGCCACUUGCUCUUGCUCACCCGACCCAAAGAUGUCGUGUGAUCCUUCUCCCAUCAACGCGAGGCCCGGGGAGGAUCCCGAGGGCGGCAGCUUCUCGGAGGAAAGCAGCGGCAGGGGUGAGGGCAGUAACGUCCUGGCAGGAGACAGCCCGGUCACGGGGCCGCUGGGCGCAGUGCUGCUGCUCAUGUGCCUAACCGGCACGGUGGGGAACAUCUACACGGUGGCGGUGGCCUCUGGGAGAGUGGCGGGCCACUCGGCGGGCUCCCUGGGGGUCUACGUGAUCAACCUGGCGCUGGCCGACCUCCUGUACCUCUCCACUAUCCCCUUCGUCGUCUGCACCUACUUUGCCCACGACUGGUUCUUUGGAGACGUGGGCUGCAGGCUUUUGCUGAGCCUGGAUCUCCUCACCAUGCACGCCAGCAUCUUCCUGCUGACCGCCAUGAGCCUGGAGAGGUACUGGGCGGUGGCCAGGCCGCUGCGGGCCAGGCGGGCCGCUGGCACUUACCGCAAGCUGGCCAGCGCCGGCCUCUGGCUGCUUUCGCUCCUGCUCGCGGCCCCCAUGAUGGCCAUGACCCGGCUGCGGGAUGGGGGCGGCCCCCAGAAGCGCAUCUGCAUCCCCACUUGGACGCCAGCGGCGUUCCGGCUCUACCUGACGGUGCUCUUUGGCACUGGUGUCCUGGUGCCCGGCGUGGUGCUGGCUGUCGUCUACACUCGCUUGGCCUGGGCGUACCGCUCCUCUACCUGGGGCCCGUGGCCGCCGGCGCCCGGACGGGCCCCCGCCCGGCGGCUCUUCUCCAGGAUCUCCACCAUCGUGGUGGCUUACUGGGCCUGCUUCCUUCCCUUCUGGGCUUGGCAGCUGGCCGGCCUGUACUGGGCUGAGGGGCUGGGCAUCGGUCCCACCACCCAGGCGUACCUCAACUUUGCUGUCACCUGCCUGGCCUAUGGCAACAGCUGUGUCAACCCCUUCCUCUACACCCUGCUCACCCGCAGCUACCGCCAGCGCCCUGGCCACAGCGGGGUGGGCAUGACCUGGCCCCCAGCACGCUCCCGAGAGGCUGUGGGCAGCCCAACGCGACACUGCUGCAUCCCCCUGGCUUUUAGGGGGUCUGCGGGGGGAAGCGAGGGGUGA